AAUAAACAAACAGAAAACCGUAUUUAUGUUUGCGCGUUACCUCCUUUAACCGAAACAGUGUAGUUUAUUUUAAAAUUUAGGAAAUGUGGAAUCGUGAAUGUCUAAUGUACCAAAAAAUGUAAAUGAUGCCCUCUUCGCAACAUGCGGUAAUAUAGUUUCACUUAACAUGGAGGAAGAAAAUGUAAUGAAGCAAAAUCAUGAAAGUACAAAGCACGAAAAUCCAAAGCUAUUUGUGUGUGAUGUGUGCAGCAAAUCCUUUGCCAGAAAACAAAGGUACGUGGAGCAUUAUCGUAUGCAUACAAAAGAAAAGCCAUAUGUCUGCAUUCUGUGCAGCAAAGCGUUUUCUUGGAGAAUAAGCUUAUCUAGACAUUACAAAUCUCAUGCGAAUAAGAAAACAUUUGUGUGUGAGACGUGUGGUGAAGAAUUCACUCAGAAAAGUAGCCUUACAGAACAUUAUCGAACGCACUCAAGUAGUGAUAGGCCUUAUACUUGUGAUACCUGCGGCGUCGGAUUUUCUCAGAAGAGUGCUUUAACAGUUCAUUGUCGAAUUCACACUAAAACCCACAAGCGAUUCAAGUGUGAUCAAUGUAAUCAGACUUUUACCAAAAGGCAUAAUCUGAAACGACAUUUGAUACUCCAUAGUGGAGAGAAAUCAUUCAUAUGCGAUAUCUGUAAUAAAGCGUUUUCUUUUAAGUAUCAGUUAAUCUCUCAUAACCGCUACUGUCAUUGUCAUGAUAGAUCUUUCGUCUGUGAUGUGUGUGGCAAAGCUUUCGUUGAAAGAUCGCAGUUGAAAAUUCAUUACCGGACUCAUACAAAUGAGAAGCCUUUCGUGUGUAAUAUAUGUGGCAAAGCGUUUCCUUGGAGAUAUAGCCUAAAAUGGCAUUAUCAAACUCAUACAAAUGUGAAGUCUUAUAUGUGUGAAGUUUGCAACCAAAUUUUCACUAAAAAGAGUGAACUGACUAAACACUACCGCUCACAUAAUGAGUGGAAACCUUUCGCAUGCACUAUAUGUGAUAAAACAUUUGGUGUUAAAGCCAAUUUGACACGGCAUCAUCGGUAUCAUAUGAAAGAUAAACGCUUUGUUUGUGAAGUAUGCAAUAAAGCUUUCGUUGAGAAGAGUAAGCUGAAGCAUCAUUAUUAUACCCAUGCAGAAAAGAAGCCUUUUGCGUGUGAGAUAUGUGAUCGGUCUUACACUCGGAAGAAUAAAUUAAACGAACAUUAUCGAAUCCAUUCGAAUGCAGGGCCUUCUGUGGAAAAUCUUUUGGAGGAAAAGAAAAGCGACAACGUCGGAAGAGUUGGAGAGGAAGUUUAUCCAUGGCCAUCUGAAGAUCCACAGUCAGUUACCUAAGAAUUUGAUACGCUGGAAAUGAUUUUUUUUAGUAGAUAAUAUCAAACAAGGGGAAGCAUUUUCUUUAGAUUUCCUCUGUUAGCAAACAAAAUGUGCAUUAGUUACAACCAGCAAUGCGUCAUUGUUUAAGAAUUUAGUGAGCUCAUAUGGUAAGCAUCAAAUGCACCGACCAGUUUAAAUUUGUAAUCUAGUGCGCAUCUUGCAUGAAAAUUAAUGAAUAUGGCAUUACAACACAGCGUAAAACUCCAUGCGUGUAAAUGUUAGAUGGCAUACGCGGCUACGUUUGUCAUUUGACUGUGACGUUAGGAAACUAACUAAUGUUUUUAUGGUAUAUAACGUCAAAAAUCAGUGAGUUUUCGCAUUGGAUUGCUCCUAAUAGCAGUCGAAAUGUGUAGAAGAUACCAUGAGCAGUCAUCUAUUAAGAAUUUUUUGAGUCACCUCAUAUUCAUGCAAAUGUCAAUUGCAUCAGCCAAUUCAGUUUUGAAAACCAAUGCACAUCACGUAUAUAAAGUGUAUAAAGGAUGUGACGCCACAGCAGUGUAAAGUUAGAUGUUGGAUAACAUAUUACGUCUGUCGUGUGACUUUGAGUUUAUAGCAAAUAACGGUAAAAUGAAGAAGUGUAUUUUCCUAUUGCUUAAAGUGUAAUCAAAAUAUACAUAAGAUAUCGACCGAAUAAUAAAAAUUGAAUGAUCUAUUUUAGAAUUAUUUCCGUUGUGUUUAAUUCGUGACUUGAGAGAAUUGAGUUUUAAAUAUAACCUCUUCAGUCACUCUCAGCUUCCAGAUUUAAUAUUAGU